ACCAAAAAAUUGUGAAUAUCCUAUGACACUAUGACCUAUUUUUUUUCGACAUUUUUGGGAUUUAGCCUUUUUAAAAUUGAUAUCAUAGUUUCAGAGCGAACUCCUGAUUCAGUGUCAAUUUACCAUUCAUCCAUCUUCUACAAUGAUUAGCAAGUGAUCUGCCAAACUCAAAAACCCAAGUCCCAACGCCACUUCACUCCACUUGAUUCUCUUCACGCUUUUGGGGGAAAUUCGCCAGAAAGGAAAAAAAAAACGAAUUUAAACCAUAAAUUCCCCAUCAAUCAGUAACUGUAACAAAACAUUCCCUCUUCAGUCUCCACAAAUACCAUUAUCCGAAAAGGGAGAAAGAAUCUUUAAGUCUCCUGCAGUUCUGCCACCUAAACUUCUCUUCGAAUCCAAGUUUUCUUCUAAGCGGCGCUGCUUUAAACUUUUCAGUUAAUGUUUUCAUUGAUUUCGUUUCUUGGGUUGUUGUCAAAAGAUUCUUUGGUUUGAACCCUUUACCCUUUAGCCUUUGUCCUAGUGUUCUUGAUUUUGCUUUGUAAAAAGAUUCUUCUCUCUUUAUUCCAUGGGUGUUUCUGUAAUUUCGUCUAGACUCCUACUUUGAUGAGUUCUUAGUGUUCUACAGAGAAAGAGACUAAGAAAGCUAGCGAACAUGAAGCAAUUGAUUCUAUUUCAACUGUUGUGUGUUACUUUAGGGUUCUUUCUACCCUCUUAUGACGCCGUUCAACCAAUUGAAGUUCGUGCUUUAAAUUCGUUCAAAGAAUCUAUCUUUGAAGACCCGUUUUUGGCUUUAUCAAGCUGGAAUAGCCUUGAUUCAGAUCCUUGUAACUGGUUCGGUGUUACAUGUUCUGGAAAUCAAAUUACAAAACUUAACAUUUCUGGUUCUUCGAUAAAGGGAUUCAUCGCUGAAGAACUCUUUCAGCUCUCCGCUUUACAAGAACUGAUUUUACACGAAAACAAACUCAUUGGUCCGAUACCCACGUCAAUUGGAUCAUUGAAGUUCCUCAGAGUCUUGGAUUUGGGGAAAAACCAGCUUUCUGGUCCAAUUCCUUCUGAAAUUAGAAAUUUAGUCAGCAUCGUUCAAAUAAACCUACAAUCGAAUGGACUCACUGGGAAAUUGCCAUUGGAGCUUCAAAAUCUUCAAAACCUUCAAGAGCUUCGAUUGGAUAGAAAUAAACUUCAUGGGAUAAUUCCAGGUUUUUGUAAUUCAUCUUCAUUAAAAGUCGCAGAUUUCUCCUACAAUUUCUUCAUUGGAACCAUACCCAAAUGCUUAGAACAUCUUCCAAGGAUUAACUUUCGGGGAAACUGUAUGAAUUCCAACAACACCAAACAACGCACCCAUAAAAAAUGUGGCGGCACUCAACCGGAAACAGCCCAGAUUGCCGGAAAAUCAAGAUUACAUCCAACCGAACAAGACAACUACAAGAUUCAUCAUUCAAAACCACCGGUUUGGCUUUUAGUUGUGGAAGUCAUGACUGGAGUUUCAAUCACCUCUCUCUUUCUAAUCGCUCUUCUCACAUUCGUUUUAAGAUGCAAAAGCAAACCUUCAGUUUUGAAUCUAUUAAAGAGAUCCACAAACAACAAACACGAUAUGUCAAUUCAUAUCGAUUCCAAUAUGUUAAAAGGUGUUACAAGAUAUAAUCGACAAGAACUUGAGAUCGCAUGUGAAGAUUUCAGCAACAUUAUCGGGUCAUCAUCUGAUAGUUUGGUUUACAAAGGAAUUAUAAAAGGGGGCCCAGAAAUUGCUGUUAUAUCUCUUUGUAUUAAAGAAGAACACUGGACGGGCUACAUUGAGCUCUAUUAUCAAAAAGAGGUUGCGGAUUUGGCAAGAUUAAACCAUGAAAACACUGGGAAAUUGCUCGGGUAUUGUAUAGAUAGUAAUCCGUUUACAAGAAUGUUGGUGUUUGAAUACGCAUCAAAUGGGACAUUAUAUGAGCAUCUUCAUUAUGAAGAAGGAUGCAAUUUAAGUUGGUCGCGAAGAAUGAAGAUCAUUAUAGGCGUUGCGAAAGGCUUAAAAUAUCUUCAUACAGAAAUCGAGCCACCAUUUACUAUAUCUGAGUUGAACUCUAAUGCAGUUUAUCUCACAGAAGAUUUUUCACCAAAGCUUGUUGAUUUUGAAAGCUGGAAAACAAUUGUAACAAGAUCAGAAAACAACUCUAGAUCGAUUAGCCAUGAAGGUGAUAUAUGUGUUCUCCCGAGUUCAUUUGAAGAUCGACAUUUGGAUAUUCAAGGGAAUAUUUACGCUUUUGGCGUUCUACUUUUGGAAAUUGUCAGUGGACGCCCUUCGUUUUGCAAGGACAAAGGAUGCUUAGUAGAUUGGGCAAAAGAUUAUAUUGAAAAGCAAGAGGAGAUGGGUUCGGUUGUGGAUCCUUCAUUGAAAUAUUUUAAAAAUGAAGAUUUGAAAGUGAUAUGUGAAGUGGUUUCUUUAUGUAUUCAUUUAAGGCCACGAGAUCAUAUAUCAAUGAAAGAUUUGUGCGCCAUGUUGGAUGAUAAAAUUGACACGUCAUCUUCUUCAUGUUCAUUGGCUUGGGCGGAGUUGAUGCUUUCUCCUUGACUGUCAAUGGCAUUAUUGUAAAUACUUGUCAUGUACAUGGUUAUUUUAGGAGUUGCGUAGGAUAGGAGGAUUCUUGUGUUCAUGCGAGUUUUAGAACCUUAAAUAGCAUCGAGGUUGCACAUAUAUUUGUUUAGGCAAGGAUUUAAGACUUCGUAAUAAGAUCGAUCUCAGGUUUACUCUCGCA